AUGUCUUUGAGGGGUUUCUCCCUCUUGGGACUUGUCGCCGCCGCUUCGAGCCAGAGCGCUGUACCAACCAACUUUGACUUCCGCGCAGCAGCCCAAUCCAUCUCGGCUGAAUUGAGCUCUCCAUCAUUUGUACCAUAUUCCAGGCCAAAUCAGAAGAUCGAGGAGUUCAUUGCUAUUGGUGACUCGUAUACAGCGGGCACGGGCGCCAACGGGAACACGGAAACUAUGGCCGGAGACGCUUGUCGUUGCAAACGAUCCUACCCGAUGCAAAUGUCCACCGAUGCAGAUAACUGGGAAUUCAUCAAUGGGGAUAGGACACUUCCCCGCUUCAGCUUCCCCGCUUACACUGGCGAUACAACGGUCGAAGUUGUCAAGGAACAACUGAAAAUGGGGGAUUAUAAGGAGAACAACAAGGAUCUGCCCCGUGCUCAGCCCUUUGGAAAGCCUCAGCUUGCAGUUCAUGACGAUUGGAGAAUCUUGAACGACUGUGUCUACCGUGAUUGGAAGCCGGGAGAUUGCCAAGAGACCCUCCAAGGCCUACAGAAGGAAAUCGACGACGGCAGCCUUCGCGACAAGAUCAACGUUGCCUUGUACGCAGUUGCGCACGCGGGAAGACAGGCAGGAGGCGCCAAUCCGAGAGAAAGCUUCCAAGUCUACGUUCUCAGCUACAUCACCUUUUUCAACAAAGUUACAACGGCUUGCAACAAAUUUUCCUGGGCCUACUGGUGGUGGAUGACUACUCCCAAGCUCACCACGGAUCUCCGCAAGCAACUUAAUGGCUUCACCAGGGCUGUCAACGCAGUAAUUAAGGCCGCCGCGCAGGAUCUGGAACGCAUGGGAGUGAUCUUUAUCGAAGAUAUGGAUAGGCCAGGCGACCCCGAUAACCCAUACGCGGCCGGGACCGAGUCCCCCGGGCAGGUGCUUCUGGAUUUUGUCUUCCCUGCGCAAAAUAAGGACGUCGCAAACGUGUCCGAAGCAUCACCGCCGCCAUGGGAGUGGGAGGGUGCCGACAAGUAUCCGACGUUCGAAGCCCUCCUGGCCGCGAUUCAGAAGGAGGGAAACUUCACUACAUCGGGAGGCGAUGCCGUCCCAUUCAACGUGGUGCGGUCCUUCCAUCCUAAGGGCACGGCAUACGGGAAACACAGUGUUGCCGUGUUCAGCGCCAUGGUAGAGAACAGGGAUGUCGUCGCAAGUGGUGCUGGUGGUAAAUACACCGAGCGAUGCAAGGAUGUGGACAUCAAGGGCGACCACCUCCUUGUGGCAACCUGUACCAACAAGGACGGACAGGAAGUGCGGACCCAGGAGGCCCUAGGACUUUGCCUGCGUUACGACGGUGGAGCCCUAAUACCCGCAGACAAUGGACAAUAUACACAGAAUUGCCAUGGCUGCUUUUUCAAUGGUCCAGAAUCGCCUGAUCACAAUACCACGCUAUGGUGUGUUUGCAAGAAUGACAAGGAUCCUUACAUCAAAUCUGCUUCUGUUAAACUGGAUGAUUUCAUGACAGUUAAGGAUGAUGGAUAUGUCAAGUGUUUUGGUCAUAUCAGCGCCCCAACUAGUCUCAAACGGUGGGAACGUGGGAGUUGGUGA